GCUCCUGAAGGGGGCGGAGCCUGAAUUCCUAUCUGGAGCGAGCUUCCUCCCUCUCUACGUCACUCUGGGAGAGGCUGCGAGCUGCCGAGCAACGCUGUCAGUCAACGGACCUUCAGGCGGAUCACCUCGGCGUCCUCCGGACGGGACCCUUAAAGCAGGAGAAAGUAGCCUUUCCCAUCGCGGGUGUUUAAGUCUCUGUGGAUUAUAAAGUGAUCGCCAGCUCUCGUCGCCGCUGCUUCAGUGGAGGAUUCAUGCUGUGUUGGUGAGCUAAAUGCGGUACGAAGCUAAGAUGAUGCCGAUGUUCCUGACAGUAUACCUCAGUAACAAUGACCAGCAUUUUACUGAGGUCCCCGUUACCCCGGAGACACUGUGCCGGGACGUGGUGGAGUUGUGCAAGGAGCCGGGAGAGGCCGACUGCCACCUGUCUGAGAUGUGGCGUGGAUCUGAGCGAGCUGUAGGUGACGGGGAGAGGAUGCUGGAUGUGCUCCAACGAUGGGGACAACACAGGGCAGAGGUGCGCUUCUUUCUGCGUCACAAUCGAGCCCCUAGCAGAGAAUCUGGUGGGUCAAGAGGCUCAGACCAGAAGAGGAACGGAGUGAAGGGUCCACCAGACAGAAGAAUGGAGAACGGGGUGGCGACACCCCGGAUGGACAUGACGCUGGCCGAACUACAAGAGAUGGCUGCCAGACAGCAGCAACAAAUAGAUGCUCAACAACAGCUCCUGGCCUCCAAGGAGCAGCGGCUGCGCUACUUGAAGCAGCAGGAGCAGCGUCAGCAGCAACAGGCCUCUGAGCAGGAGAAGCUGCAGCGCCUCCGAGAGAACAUCGAGAACCAGGAGACUCGGCUCAAGAAGGUCCGGGCCCUCAAGGGCCAGGUGGAGCAGAAGCGCCAAAGCAAUGGCAAACUGGUGGAGGAGAUAGAGCAGAUGAACAACCUGUUCCAGCAGAAGCAGCGAGAGCUAGUGAUGGCUGCCUCCAAGGUAGAGGAGCUCAGCAGACAGCUGGAGUUGCUCAAAAAUGGCAAAAUGGACAACUUCCAUGACAACCAGACCUCGGUGGCUGAACUAGACCGCCUCUACAAGGAGCUACAGCUGAGGAACAAGCUCAACCAGGAUCAAAACUCUAAGUUGCAGCAGCAGAGAGAGGGCCUGAACAAGCGCAACCUGGAGGUGGCUGCAAUGGACAAACGGAUCAUCGAGCUCCGAGAUCGGCUGUGGAAGAAGAAGGCAGCGCUGCAGCAGAAAGAGAACUUGCCUCCUCAGAUGCCCUGGCAUCCAGAGCUCACCCAUGCCAACAAUGGCUAUCCUGGUAAAGAGAGGGCUUCAAAAGACACUCAUCUUCAGGUGCCCUCAGAUGGCCAAGCUGGACAGCAGUCAGGUCCGUCUCGUGUGGCGGCGGUCGGCCCAUAUAUCCAGUCGUCCACCAUGCCCAGGGGCCCAGUGAGGCACGACCUGCUUGUGAAACCAGCCUACCCAGACGGCACUGCCACCCUUCCAGCCCACGACCCACAGAGCAAGGCCAGCACAGGCCUUCAGCCAUCCAAGCUGGCAGACUGGGGCUCUUCAGGUCCAGAAUCCAACACCAACGGUCAUGGUCCAUCUUCAACACUGCCACGAAUGACCUCUCACUCCAAAUCUAACACAGAGCAAGACGAGACGGAACUGAAGAGGGACAGGAAGGUGCGUCCAUUUUCCAUGUUUGAGCCAACGGAGGCUCCCGCCACCUCCCUCCGCAAAAACCAGAGCAGUGAUGACCUGGUCAGGGACGCUCAGUCUGCUCCCAAAGCUCCAGUCAAGGUGCCUCCUCCCGUUCCCACCAAACCAAAAGGCCCCAGUGUCGUGCCCUACGGCAAACCAGGUCUCAACACGGGUACCUUCCCCAAAGCCAAGCCCCACAGCCAGCAGCCCCAGGCUGCCCAGGGCCGCACCCCUCUCCCACCCUCACAGAGCCAGACACUCCCUCUACCCCCCAAGCAGGACACUCCACCUGCAGCCACGGUACGGCCCUUCACCCCAGAGCUGCCCUCCUCCAAAGACGCCAGCAUGAGUAAGCCCCAGACCUUAGCGGCCAGCUCCAUUUACUCCAUGUACACGCAGCAGCCUGGCUCAGGGAAGCCCUUCCACCAGCCGGUUGUGCAGGGAGCUCUCAACAGGUCUCAGAGCCGCACCAAUGGAUUUGUCAGUGUGUAUGGUAAACCAGUGAUCCCCGGUGGAGGAUCCCUACAUCCAGAGAACCCUUACAUGGACCGCCGCUCCCCUGGCCUAGAAUAUGAGAUUGAUGGAGCCCACAAUGUGGGUCCCAGCCCGUCUGAGGGCCCCCAACCAGAAACAGAACGCAUCCCCCGGCCCCUCAGUCCCACCAAGCUGCUUCCCUUCAUUUCCAACCCCUACAGGCAUCAGAGCGAUGGCGACCUGGAAGCCCUGAGGAAAAAGCUCUACAACGCCCCGAGGCCCCUGAAGAAACGCAGCUCCAUCACUGAACCAGAGGGUCCCGCGGGGCCCAACAUUCAGAAACUCCUCUACCAGAAGACCACACUGGCAGCUAUGGAGACUGUGACCACACCAACCACUCCCACCUACGCUGGGGAAGCAGAGAAGGCGGCGGAGGGCUCACAUGUUCCAGGCUCUCUGAGUGGUGCAGAGAACCACCCAUCAGAGACGGGACAGAUUCUGGAGGGAGGGCAUCUUCCAUCUCACAUCCCCAGUGCUAAUGUCCUCGUUCCAGCUCCUGCCGAACAGACCAAACCACCUUCAGCCAUCCCAAUGAGAGAAGACAUUAUCCCCCCGCCUCCCCCAUCCCACCCAGCCCCCAGACCAGAUGACGCUCUUUUCCCACCGCCACCCCUUGCUGGCUCGGAGGACGCAAUGGUCAACCUGCCGCCUCCACCUCCAGAAGGCUUCCUGGAAGAGUUCCCCCCAUACCCACCACCCCCGUACCCCAGUGGAGCAGAGCAGGACAGCUUGGGAGAGGACACCUUUAACAUGAAGGCACCUGAGGUCACCGGCCAGGUCACUCUGCCACCGGGAAAGAGGACCAACUUGCGCAAGCUCAACUCUGAACGCAUCGAUCACAACAUGAGAGUGAAGUUCAACCCACUGGCUCUGCUGCUGGACUCGUCUCUGGAGGGAGAGUUUGACCUGGUCCAGAGAAUCAUCUAUGAAGUGGAGGAUCCCAGUCUGCCCAACGAUGAAGGAAUCACUGCUCUACACAACGCUGUCUGUGCCGGACAUACAGAGAUUGUCAAGUUUCUGGUUCAGUUUGGUGUCAAUGUCAAUGCUGCUGACAGUGACGGCUGGACACCGCUUCACUGUGCUGCAUCCUGCAACAAUGUGCAAGUGUGCAAGUUCCUGGUGGAGUCUGGUGCGGCGGUGUUCGCUAUGACUUACAGCGACAUGCAAACGGCAGCUGAUAAAUGUGAAGAGAUGGAGGAGGGCUAUACCCAGUGCUCUCAGUUCCUCUAUGGUGUGCAAGAGAAGAUGGGCAUCAUGAACAGGGGGGUGGUCUACGGUUUGUGGGACUACAAUGGUGAAAACUCAGAUGAACUGCUGUUCCGCGAGGGAGACUGCAUGACCAUCGUCCGCAGAGAAGACGAGGACGAGAUCGAAUGGUGGUGGGCGCGCAUGGGCGACUCCGAGGGGUACAUUCCCCGCAACCUCCUAGGGCUCUACCCCAGAAUAAAGCCAAGACAGAGAACCCUGGCUUAAAACACUAAAGACCCCCGCACAUUCCAGUCUGCCAGAACUCUCCAAAACACACGCACACACGCACAGGCUUUAACAGACUGGGGAAGAGGUGGACACUGUUGAAAUGAAGAGACAAAGACAGACCAAACAAUAUGAAGGAUCUAUGAACUCUUUCUGGCACUUUUUUUCUGUAUCUACAACAGAGGGAUUCCCCCUCACUUAUUUUUCCAGGCCACACUGUGUACUGCGUACUUAAGACACUAUUGGCAUUGUUUUCCUUCAUUCCACUGUUUUUGUAAUUAGUGUCUGAAACUAUUUCUAAACUGACAGAAACUCAAAUGUUGGGAUGUAAAUGGAACAAGCAGUAUUUUUAUUGCUAGACAAGUAAUUUUUACACUUUUGAAUAGUCUUUUAAAACUUGUUUUUAUGGGUUAUUUUCUAACACACUUGGGGCUCUGCAUUGCAUGAGGUGAACCAAUGGAUGAUGAUGCUUUUCAAAUGCUCUGUUACCAUGACAAUCUUUGGGGGGCCUGUUUUCCGUCAUCUGUGUUGAGUGACAGUGCCUCUGUAUACCUGCACUGGAGGUGUAAAGUUUCAGUUGUGACCACCACUGUUCUGACUAAACAAAUGAGAUGAUUGGUGAAGAAAAAAAAGAAGUGAGGAUGAAGCUUUUGAUGAUCUAUUGCUGUUCGUUCUGUGGUCUAUGAUACCCAGAAAGCCAGUCUGCUUUCCUGCAUUGGCACACGGUUGAGAUGCCACAGAUACUGUGUAUACAUGUAUUUCUGUCAUAAAAAUUAGUGAAAAUUUACCGUAGGAAUGAUAUCAUUAUGAAAAUGGACUUUCAAGCUCUUUAGAAGCCCUUUUGACCAGGAAUGAGACGUCAUGCAGUAUGAAUUUAAUAUUUUAUUGCAGCCAUUUCAUGACAAUAUAAUAAUGAAAGAAGGCAAACCUUGACUUUUUGUAAUAAUCAGUAAGCAAUAUAUUGUAAAGUCAGAGACAAUUCCUCAAGUCAAAUAAAAAAAUAAAAAAGAUGGAACUCAUUCAAUAACAGUUCCCAAAACCCAUCACAUAUCUCUCUAUUCAAUGCAGAUGUAUUUAUUUUUGUUACUUUUUUCUUUAGCCCUUUUGUCAGAAGUAUAACCACAAAUGUACUGUAGUAUUUCAAACAUUUACAAUAAAAUACUUUGUACUAAG